GAAAAAAGGAAUAAAAGUGUAAUUAGCACCGUUAGGGUUUUUGUUCGCACAUGUAUUCCAUAUAUAUUAACACAAAACCUCAAAACCUCAAAACCUCAAACUCAGAUUUGCCCUAACUCAAAAAACUCUGAAGAUGGCCGUAACCUUCUCAGAUCUCCACACUGAAGCUGGUAUCAAGUCUCUCGAUGGAUUUCUCGCUGCAAAAUCAUAUAUUUCUGGAGAUCAAUUCACUAAGGAUGAUGUCAAGGUAUAUGCUGCCGUUUUGGAGCAACCUAGUGUAGAUCUAUACCCAAAUGCUAGCAAAUGGUACCAAACCGUUUCUUACAAACUCGCCACAAGCUUCCACGGGAAAGACGUUGGAGUAAGAUUUGAGAGUCAAAGUGCUCCGGUUAAAGCUACACCAACUAAGGGAGCUGAGGCUCUUGAUGAUGAUGAUGACGACAUUGAUCUCUUUGGUGAGGAGACAGAGGAAGAAAAGAAAGCAGCAGAAGAGAGAGCAGCCUCAACUAAGGCAUCCUCCAAGAAGAAAGAGAGUGGAAAGUCUUCUGUUCUUUUGGACGUUAAGCCCUGGGAUGACGAGACAGACAUGAAAAAGCUGGAAGAGAUGGUUAGGAGUAUUCAGAUGGAAGGACUUCUGUGGGGAGCAUCAAAGCUUGUCGCCGUGGGAUAUGGAAUCAAAAAGUUGCAGAUCAUGAUGACCAUAGUUGAUGAUCUUGUCUCUGUUGAUACGCUCAUUGAAGAACGACUAACUGUUGAACCCUGCAAUGAGUAUGUGCAGAGCUGUGACAUUGUUGCCUUCAACAAAAUUUGAGCUUCUCCCCCAUAUGAUAUUUUUGUCCUGUUUUUCAUUGUGUUUGGGAUACUAUGAUUUUGGAUUGAAGUGUACUAGAGCUUUGUUUCUUUAAUGAAGCGGUACUACUGUUAUAAUAUGAUUAUUAUGGUGUUUCUAAAAAUAUCUUUAACAUGUGCUUAAAAAAAUCUUUAACUUGACCCGUGUUUGCAAUCAAGUUUUAAUAUAUCUUGUACAUCAUUCAAAAC